UUGGCUGGACCCUAUGUAACGUGUUUGCGUGAAGGAUGGCAGCGCCCGGGAGCGUGGAAGAGAUGCGGACCCGCGUGGUUCUGGGCGAAUUCGGUGUUCGCAAUGUCCACACAACAGAUUUUCCUGGGAAUUAUUCAGGAUACGAUGAUGCUUGGGAUAAGCAAAGAUUUGAAAAGAAUUUCAGAGUAGAUAUGAUCCAUAUGGAUGAAAGUACUUUGGAAUUUGACAUGGUGGGGAUUGAUGCAGCCAUUGCUAAUGCUUUCCGAAGGAUCUUGCUUGCUGAGGUGCCAACCAUGGCUGUGGAGAAAGUCUUUAUAUACAACAACACCUCCAUUGUACAGGAUGAAAUCCUGGCUCACCGUUUGGGACUGAUUCCUAUUUGUGCAGAUCCUCGUCUCUUUGAGUACAAGAGUGAAGAAGAUGAAUGCGAUGAAAUUAACACACUACAGUUUCGAUUGAAAAUAAAAUGCAGCAAGAAUCUUCAGGCGGCUAGAGAAUCAUCUGAUCCUAAUGAGCUUUAUAUCAACCAUAAAGUUUACAGCAAACACAUGGAGUGGGUACCACUAGGAUCUCAGGCUGACAACAUGAAUGCAAAUUUCCGACCUGUCCACGAUGAUAUCCUCAUUGCUCAGUUGCGUCCCGGCCAAGAGAUCGAUGUACUUAUGCACUGUGUAAAGGGCAUUGGCAAAGAUCAUGCCAAAUUUUCUCCAGUUGCCACAGCCAGUUACCGUUUGUUGCCAGAAAUCACUUUAUUGAAGCCUGUUGAAGGGGAAGCAGCUGAGCGGCUGAAGAAAUGUUUUUCUUCUGGAGUUAUUGAGAUUGAGGAAAUCAGAGGAAAGAAAGUAGCAAGAGUAGCUAAUGCUAGAUUGGACACAUUCAGUAGAGAAAUUUUUCGUCAUGAUGACUUAAAAAACCUUGUACAUUUGGCUCGGGUACGAGAUCACUACAUCUUCUCUGUAGAAUCCACAGGCAUCUUGCCUCCAGAUGUGCUGGUGAGUGAAGCCAUCAAAGUACUAAUGGGAAAAUGCCAACGCUUCUUAGAGGAGCUAAAAUCCAUCCAGAAGAAAUAAAUUUGGGAACACAAGAGACUCUUGUGGGGAAAUCCCUACGUCUGAUUUGAAGAACAAGAAGACUGCAUCAGUCUGUAAGGCAAUGACCCUUCUCUGAGAUGUCAAAGAACAAUCAUUGCUGAACCAUUACUAUCAUUAUUUACACAACAUGGACACAACUGAAAUUCAGGAUAACAAGUGCCCUGUGUACUAUUUGUGGUCCGGCAAUGGUGGAUGCCAUUCUUUGAUAAGGCUUUGCAAUCUGAAGCUCCUAGCGUGAACUGUACAAUUUCCUGUGUUAGUCUUAGUUUUCAUUACAACAGUGGGAUAGAAAUCUUACCUGUGUAGUCGAUCACCUAUAAUAUAGUACCUUUUUGCUGAUCUGGUAUUAUAUACUAUGACAGUUUUAUGAUUUAGCACCUCUCUACUCGAGGUCCAUAGUUUCUAUAGUCAGCAAAAAAAUCCCCAAGUCAGUUGAUCUGUGCUUAACCUGUAGUUUUCUGCUUCAAUAUCCAUGAAAAUACUUGAUUCUUUCAAGAAUUUAAAUGCUGUUAACUGUCAUUAUUGAGUACAUUUAUAUAUAAUACCGGUAUUACAUGCUGGUCUAAAAUAUUUACUCCUAACAUUCUCUCACUACAUUUAUUUUAAAAGAUUACUUUUUAGUUACUGGGACACAUGCCUCUCUUCAAAGUAGGGAAAUACCACCUUGAAUAUUCCUCCCACCCCAAGUAUAGGAUUCCAAUCGUUUUUAAAGUUAAGGAAGUACAUUUUAGCUACUUUCUGGCAAAACAUGAAUAUACUUCCAGUUUAAUAAAUUAUUCACUGAUAGAGAAUUUCUAAUUGAAACAGGAGAGAAAAUUCCUAUUGAUAAAAUAGUUGAAGUAGAAAAAUUAAGCUGCAAGAAAUCAUCUCUUAACUGGAAUAUUGUUAUGUCUAAGUCUUUGAAGUACAUGAGCUAAGUAUAUAACCUUUGGCAGCAUAUAACAUUAUGAAGAGUAGAAGGCACAGGGCAGGAAUUGCUCUAGCUCCUUCUACUUUGUCAUCAAAAAUGUUAUUUUUAAUUUAUUGAACAAUCCUAUAAGCCUCAAAAAGCUGGAGUUGCCCAACUUUGAUAAGAAUGUCUAAUUUUUACCCCAAACUUAAAAUAAUGUAUUCUUUAUUGAGUAUAUUCA